CUGCGAGAUAAUUCCUACAACAGCGUGUCAGCGGCUCCGCGAGGGUCAGCAGGAGGAGGCAGCGCUCGUCACCCCGCCCGGCCGCCACCAUGCCGCCCGUGGAAGGCCCGCCCGUUGAGGAGAAGAAGAACGUGGUGGGCUUCAUCUACCCACCUCCAGAAGUGCGGAAUAUUGUUGAUAAAACUGCCAAUUUCGUCGCAAGAAAUGGGCCAGAGUUUGAGGCUCGGAUCCGGCAGCAUGAACAGAACAACCCCAAGUUCAACUUCCUCAACCCUGGCGACCCUUACCAUGCCUACUACCAGCACAAGGUCAAUGACUGCCGCACAGGGAAGACAAGUGAUAAGGAGAGUCUCCUGGGACGUCCACCCCAGCAGACUGUGUCGCAGGUGCAGCAGAUGAAGCAACAAGAGCUGCUGCGUUCUGCGGUGCUGGAGGCGACUGCUCCCAAGGAACCUCCACCGGACUUUGAAUUCAUUGCUGAUCCUCCCUCUAUAUCUGCAUUUGAUUUGGAUGUUGUGAGAUUAACUGCACAGUUUGUGGCACGCAACGGUCGGCAGUUCUUGACAACACUGAUGAACCGGGAGCAGAGGAACAACCAGUUUGACUUCCUGAGGCCACAGCACUCUCUGUUCCAGUACUUCACACGCCUCUUGGAGCAGUACACCAAAGUUCUCAUCCCACCUAAAGAUUUAAUGAAGCGCCUCAAGGAGGAGGCCCAGAGUGCUCAUGCAGUGAUGAAGCAGGUUAACCAACGUGUUGAAUGGGAACGCCAUCAGGCAGCUGUCAGGAAGCGUGAAGAGGAGGAUGCAGAAAGGGAACGGUUGGAAUAUGCUGCAAUUGACUGGCACGAUUUUACAGUUGUUGAAACUAUUGACUAUCAGCCUUGGGAAGUUGGCUCCUUCCCACCACCCACCUCACCCGCUGAGGUAGGCCGGCGUGUUCUCCUGCAGGAACGCAUUGAUGAAGGUGUUACUCCUGACACUGAUAUGGUGUUGGGCAGUGAUGAUGAGGAGGAACCUGAGGAAGAACAGGGUGCCCCAGGUGACCAGGAUGACACACAGGUACAAGAUAUGGAAGAGGAGAGCAGCGAAGAGGAAGACUCUGAUGAUGACACACCUCAAGUACAUGCACCACCACCACAGCCAGAUCUAAAGGCUCCUCAGCCACCCUUACCACGAGAACCCCCCCAGCCAGCUCCUGCUCCACCUGUUGCUGGUCAGGUUGUGGUAAAAGACUAUGACCCUCGGCAGCAGCCCCGUCCAACUGCAGGUGCUGGUGCCUCUGACCAGUAUCUUGUUUCGCCCAUCACCGGGGAACGCAUUGCACCUGACAAGGUAGGCCAGCAUCUGAGAAUCAAUAUGUUGGAUCCACGCUGGCUUGAGGACAGAGAUCGUCAGUUGGCCGAGAAAACUAACCAAGACACGGUGUUUGCAACUGGAGAAUCCAUCCGCUCCUCUCUGAAACAGUUGGCUGAACGUCGUACUGAUAUUUUCGGUGCUGGAGACGAAGAGACAAUAAUUGGUAAGAAGAUUGGAGAAGAGGAGAAAAGGGAAGAGAAGGUGACUUGGGAUGGACACACAGGGUCCAUGGAGGCUGCUACACGAGCUGCUCGGGCCAACAUUUCCAUCAAUGAACAGAUUCAUCAGAUUCAUAAAGUCAAAGGCUUGCUUCCUGAUCAAGAGAAGGAGAAAAUUGGUCCCCAACCAAAGUUACCAUCUUCUGCCAACCAACCACCUAAUGUACCUCACUCUCGCCCUGCCCCGCCACCACCCAAGCCACAGCCAGCACCACCCAAGCCCCAGCCUCCACCACCACCGCCAAAGUCUGCUCCUCAACCAGCACCAGCUCCACCUCCUCCAAAGCCUCCUGUUGUAAACCCCACUCAGUCUAUGAUGGCAGUGAAUAUAGGUGCUCCACUACCACCUCCAAUGGCUCCCAUGGUUCCACCAGGGAGUGGUGUGAUGGUAGUGCCACGAACUCCUGUCAUGAUGGCUCCCAGGCCAGGUGGCUUCAUGCCGGGACCUCCAGCUCCUGUAGGGGGCUUCAUGGCCUCACAGCCUCAGCCAGCACCACCUACUGGGCCACAGCCAGGAGUUGGUGGUGGAAUGGGUAAUAUGGGAGGUGACAAAGAUGAAGAUGAAGGUCCUGCUGCCAAACGGGCCCGUACAGAGGAGUCCCUCGUGCCUGAAAAUGACUGGACACGUCGGUUCUCAGGCCCUGUAAAAUUCCAGGUGGCAGUGCCAGCAGUGGCAGACAAGCCUGAGUGGCGCCUCUCAGGCCAGACCCUCACUCUCACACUUCCCUUGACUGAUCCUGUGUCUGUGGUGAAAGCCAAAGUCCAUGAUGAAACGGGCCUUCCACCUGGAAAACAAAAGUUGGCAAGGGAUGGUCUCUUCUUCAAAGACUCCCAGUCACUGGCUUACUACAAUGUAGGUCACGGCACAGUUAUUCAGCUUCAGCUUAAAGAACGUGGCGGUCGUAAGAAGUAAAGGAUACAAAUAUCAUUUAUAAAAAAAAAUACUAUACUUAUUUAGCUUGGUUACUCUGUGAGAGGGCACUUCUUCUUCCACUUAGAAACUGCCAUGAAUGAGGCAUAAUUUCAAUCAUUCAUUAAAUAAAUAUUACCUUUCAUAUCUAAGGAAAACAAAUGUGAAUAGGACGAGUUUGAAGCAAUAUUUUAUUAUAAUUUCCCCCAAAAUAAUGUAUACUACUGAACAGGGUGAUAUCAGGCUUGAGAUCCAGUGGCUAAUUGUAAAUAGGAUUGAUGUCGCCUUCAGUAACGGAGGAAAAAAUAUCAACAGCUUCCUAUCUAUUUUGAUAGAUAUAUGAAAUUGUAAAACAUCCAGUUGAACUACUUUAAGAAAGCUUGAACAGUCAAUUCCCAGCUAUUGUGGUUCCAGUUUGUCCAAAUCAUUUUAGUGUUGGCUCUUUUAGGUAUUUCAAUCCCCAUUGCCCUGCACAGUUCUAAAACUUAUCUCUUAUAUGCAGUGGGGGAUCCAGGGGGGGGCACCCCCACCCCCCCUUAGGACC